GUUCCCUCCUCCUCAGAGCUCAUUCCUCCGCUCUCCUUUCUCCAGACCUGUGCGUAAUGGUAGAACGGAGGAUGAACUCUCUGGUAAAAUGGACGCUCAUCCUUUUCGUCCUCAUCUCCAUCAUUCUAAACAUCGUCCUGAUCGGCAUCUACUCCAGCAGGGCGCCCAAAUGUUCCGCUGCGCGGGUCCACAAGCUGCGGGGCGAGCACGACGAGCGCAGCCUCGUUUUCGCUGAUCUCACCCGGGAAGAGUACUGGCAGGUUCAGCAGUACAUGCUCAAGCAGAAAGACUUGGACAUCUCCACCAGGCAGCUCACCAAGCCAUCUGAAAACUUCUUAUUCCUCAUAGACCUGCAUCUGCCAAAGAAAGCUGACGUUUUGAAUUACUUGGACGCGAAAGGUGCCAAGCCAGCGAGAGAGGCGACGGUGGUGGUCUUCUACGGCGCCAAAGGUUACGUCAGGGAGUAUGUAGUGGGGCCUCUUCCCAACCCGACAUACCACCACGAUGUCACCAAACAGAGGUACAACGCGGACCUGCCCAUCACUGCGCGUUUGGUCACCAUCGGGGAAUACGCGCUGUUGUUUGAGCUUUUUGAGACCAAAGUUUUCUCCAAGCUUCAGAAAAUCUUAAAAGAGAGCUUCGGUGUGAAUGAGAAAAGGACACUGAACGCCUUCGAGCAGAUGCCCCGCGGAGUCCGAUCCGGGGACAGGAAGACGUGGAUCUCCUUCUUCAGGGACAUGGACGGCAUGUACAUCCACCUGGUGGGCUUCGAGGUGCUCAUCAACCACCAGCACCUGAACGCGUCUCUGUGGACAGUGGACAGACUGAUGUAUAACGGCAAAUACUACAACUCUGUAGAAGAACUUCAACAAGCAUAUGAUACCAGCUCUGUUAACAAAAUAGUUUACAAGGAGACACCUGAUUAUGGCUCUCUGAAACCCCGAACCAAGCCUCUGCAGAUCGGCCCGCAGCAGUAUUACGCAGAGGGGAAGCGCUACAGCGUCCAGAACAACCACGUCCUCUACCUGGACUGGAGCUUCGCCUUUGGACUGAGCGCCCUCACGGGCAUGAGGGUGUUUGAUGUGCGCUUCAAGGGUGAGAGGGUCGCCUACGAGCUGAGCGUGCAGGAGGCCAUGUCCAUGUACGGUUCAGCAACACUGGGGAUGAUUAUCACCAAGUUUCUGGACUCCAGCAUCGGGAUCGGGCGCUUCGCACACGAGCUGACCCGUGGCGUGGAUUGCCUCGACAAGGCCACGUAUGUAGACACGUACCGCUACUCCGACAUCCCAGCCCCCAGGUUUCAGAAUUCAAUCUGCAUCUUUGAGCACAACAUGGGUCAGCCCCUGCGCAGGCACUUCGCGGACUUCUUCCACCACAGUUACGGAGGGAUGGUGAACAGCGCCUUGGUGUUCAGGACCGUCACAGCCAUCGGGAACUACGACUACUUGUGGGACUUCAUCUUCUAUCAGUCCGGAUCGGUGGAGGCCAAAGUGCACGCCACCGGCUACAUCACCUCCUCCUACCUGGUGGCAGGCAGUCUGAAACACGGACAUCAGGUGGCAGAGAAUGUCCUGGGCAACAUCCACACUCACUUCAUCAGCUUCAAGGUGGACCUGGACGUGGCUGGUGUGAAGAACAUGUUCCAGACCAAAGACAUGGAGUACGUCAACACGUCGCUGCCGUGGAUGCCUGAACACUUCUCCAUGGUGCCUCAGCUGGUGGAGAAGCAGCUCAAAACAGAACAGGAAGCCGCCCUGCGCUACGGCACCAAGAUCCCUCGCUACCUCCACAUCGCCAGCAAGGCAACCAACCGCUGGAAACACAACCGCUCCUACAGGCUGCAGGUGUACAGCUUCAGCGGGGAUCACCUGCCAGAGUCCGAGGCUGAGGAGAGGUCCAUGUCCUGGGCCAGGUAUAAGGUGGCCAUCACCAAGCACAAGGACUCAGAGCAGACCAGCAGCAGUCUGUACAACCAGAACGACAUGUGGACGCCGGCUGUCGACUUCAGCAAGUACAUUGAGGACAAUGAGAGCAUUGAAAACGAGGACCUGGUUGCCUGGGUGACCGCCGGUUUCCUCCACAUCCCCCAUGCCGAGGACAUCCCCAACACGGUGACCGUGGGCAACGGGGGCGGCGUCCUGCUGAGGCCCCACAACUUCUUCAACGAGGACCCGUCCAUCCACUCGGCCGACAGCGCGUUCUUCCGGCCGGGGAGCGAGGACAGCUGUGAGAACAACCGGAUGGCCUGCUUGGCUCAGGAGACCUGCAGCCCCGUCCUGGAGCCCUUCACCUUCCACGGCUUCCAGGGAGUCCUGAAGUUUGAGGACUGGGUCUGAUUUAUUCCCCACUGCCGGGUAGCAGCUUUCAAAGCGGUGAUGAACUCAGAUGUGCUCGGGCUUAUUUACCAAUCUGUCAAGAUGCUUGUGUCACUGUGUUUGUAGAGGCAGCUGGGAGGCACAGGAGUCUGAAAGCUGCACCGGGGGCAGUUUGCUUCAUAGUCAAGAGUGAGAUGAGAAAAUCGAUUUCAUUUUCAUAUCCGAGUGGUAAAAUCCAACUGAAAUCAGCGUUAGUCUGCCAGUAACAGAGAACAGGAAACCAUCCAGGCCUCUGCUCAGUGGGAUCCUUUAUACAGCUGGAAGGUCUGAGGAGGAGCAGGCAUUUGCAGGUACACGUUCUGGUGCAGCUGAGAAGCUCAUUGGACAUGUAGGCCGCAGCCUGCCAUCAGCAGGUCACCUGUUGAAGUUUGGUGCAGGAUAGGACGAGUGUUUGUUCGGUGGAACACGGGUCUGUGGGUUCUUCAAGGCCUCGUGUCCGCAAACCAGCAAAAUCACGCCUGAUUGAAGUCUGAGGACCAACACUGCAGCACACAGGUGAUCUAUAGAGCAGGUAUGCAUUUCAGUUGGAGUUUACGUACAAAGCUGAGGUCACAACGUGGUUAGCCUAGCUUAGCAUAAAGACAUGAAGCUCUAGCAAACAGCUGUCCUGGCGCUGUCCAAAGUUUAAAACUACUGAAACUACUAAUGUGGGCCCAACACCAAUGAAGCCGUUUGUCAUUUUAGAGGGAAAUGACCUGUUUGUUGUGCAGCUCUGUGGGUUUCAUCUUCACAGUGAGGUGGCGAGUCUGUAGCCAGCGUCCCGUACUGUGGCACGCCAAGUCAAAAGUCCACUCAAAAAACAUGUCUGGACACCCCGAGUUGAACAAAUAAGUAAACAUCUGGAGCAGGAAAUGGCGUCACUGUGUACCUGGCUGACCCUAAAAACAACUGAAUCAGCUUUAGAUGUGCCGUUACUGUCAUGUUGAAGCAAGGCGGACAGUCGCCCCUGUAUCCGGUCUUUAUGCUAAGCUAAGCUAACCACGCCUUGAUCCCAGCGCUGUACUCGGACAUGAGAUUGGUGGUAAUCUUCUCCUCUCACUCUCACAAAGAAGCAAAGCAAAAAAACCAACAAUUCACCAAAAUGCAAAACUAGUCAUUCUGAAUCAUCAUGGGCUGUAACAGCAAAAACAAACUACACGAACAGCUCUCUGCAGAUGCUCCCACGCUGGUAAGGACAUGAACCUUCUGAGAGGCCAUGAGCUGAUGAAUAAACACCUGAAAGUGGAACGGCAGUAGUUUGACCUGCUGCUGCUGGUGCUUGUGCAGCUUCAGAAGUCCGUCCUUCGGAUCGUUACCUACUAAUCGUGCAGACUUUGCACUGCAGCUACUGACCGUUUUCCAAACAUGCUUUAUGCUUUUGUCUUCAUUAAUCUUACAAACAGACUGUAUACAAAAAACAUGAACGUAGCCUCCAAGUCUGAAAAGAAAAGCCAGCAUCCAAGUGCCUUAACCCUGCGUUCUUCCUAGCAGCCAGCAGGGGGCGCCUCCCCCGGCUGCAGAUUGUACAGAAUUCUGUGUGAAAAUGAUCCGAUUUGUCCCCUGAUUUGUUACCUCAGUAAACAUUUUUCUAUUCAACUCAAUUCAAUUUUAUUUGUAUAGCCCAUAUUUACAACAACAAGUCAUCUCAUAGCGCUUCACAAAGGCAGAGACACCCAACAAUCCAAAACAUCUGGAUUCCCUUUAAGCUUCAGCAGUUUCUAUUUUUACGGUUUAAUUACUACAUGUUUUGUAUUAAUUAUUACUACAGCACGAGGUUCAUUCUGUAAGUUCUGGGUGUAUUUAGAGCAGAAUAGAUGUUUCAGCGCAGGGCUAGCUUGUUCCUGACCACCGGCUGGUCUCUGAGCAGAUCCACCCUUCACUCCUUUCUUCUGGGUGAUGUGAUGGUCGCCACGUUCAUCUUUUAUAUACAGUUGAUGUUCACGACUGCAUCCAUUCAACAUACGCAGACUUGAAACACGCUUCAGGAAGCUAGCUCCACCCCAUGAAGCUACGUUGCUUUGGUUCUUGCCGAUCACACGCUGUUACGAGAUCCUCAUAAAUCUCCCUGUUGUGGUGCCGUUCACUUUAAUGAUGCCUCCGACCAGACAGCUCUCCAAAGCCUGAGCCUCUGAGUCCUGGUGUGAGGUUCCUGUCAGGAAGCCGGUCCUGAUGGACCCAGAUGCUGCCUGAGUGGUUGGUUCACUAUAAUCUGUCUAUAGGGACAGUUUGAGCUAUCGGUCAGUUACACGUAUAAAAACCAAGUCCUGUGUUGACGGUACUGGUUCAGAUAGGAGCGGACCGGUUCUGCCAGAUUUACAACCUCAGGCACCGGUUUCUUAUUUUUAAGUCAAUUUUCACAAAACUGAAAACGUGAAUUAGUCGUUGAAAUGUAAACACAAAGUUAGAGGGUCGCAACGUCUCUGGGGUUUAGCACUGAUACGUGGUUACGGGGUUACGGGGUUACACCUUCACACCUUCACACCUUCACACCUGUCCAGCUUCACACCUUCACACCUGUCCAGCUUCACACCUGUAGCCUGUCCAGCUUCACACCUGUAGCCUGUCCAGCUUCAGACGAUGCCACCACGUCACCUCCAGCUGUUGUUUAGCAUGAAGUCAUGUAUUGAUGUGGGACUGAGGAAGCUCUCUGGUCUCUGCGGGUUUCUUACCGAUGCAGCUCUGUGAUGCAGACACUACAAGCCGAUUCUGUUCAGUCAGCUGUGUGAUGAGUGCCCCGACAGAACCUGAGGGUUCUGUCCACAGCGGGUCGGUGAGGAUGUGGCUCCAGGCCCAGACUACUGACUGCUCUUUGACUCUGUCUGUGUAUUUUUCAGCAGUGCAACAUUGUGAGAAAUGUUUUUGUUGCUAUUUUCUCUCCAAAUAAAAGAAGACAUAGUUUGUGUAA